AUGCAUCGUUCAAGUGAUCUAACGGAUGAACCUAGCCGUUUCAAACAAUUCGGAUGGGAGCAAUGGGAGAAUCAACCAUUUGCUGUUAUUUUCCGUCCCGGCACUUAUGGUCUUGAUCGUUAUGUUGUCAAACGUUACGUCGAACAAGUUUUAGGACAAUGCGAACGAUGGAAACAAUUGGCACCCUAUUUUUACAAUAUCACACCAUCACCUCGUGCUUACACAAUAACUUCCUAUGAAGUUGAACUAAUGCAAAGAAUACUAGAUUUUCAUCUCAAUAAUACAUUACAUUUACGAAUUUCAACUGCGAGCGAUCAGUUAAUGGAAUAUGAUGAACUGAUUGAUUUCAUUCGUCGUGCUCAAGACUAUGCUCGUGCACAUGCAAAUUCUACGAAUAAUACUCGUUUAGUUCCAGGAAAAAAAACUGCAAUUCCGUCUAUACCGAGUAUUCAUUCUUCCUAUGUUUUACCGCCAUCGGCAAAAACUAUGAUGCCAUUUCUAUCGCAGCCGACAAUAUCAAAAACGAGCCCAGUGAAACCUAUACUCUCUAGACCUCCGGCACCUUCAACAAUAUCUCCUGUAUCUUCAGUACAAUCGAACAAAACUUCCAACACAUCAACACAAAUCAAUGGUCAUAAUACACCGCAAACGUCAGUUGAUCUUGCUACUCGAUUACCAUCAAAUGUUCAAGUCAAACCUAAUCUGAUAUCGCCACCAAAUACGAAUUCAUCGUAUCCUACUCCGCCAUCAUCAACAACAUCAAAUCCAACUAGUCUUGUUAUUCCACCUGAACUGUGUCCAAAUACAUUAUAUCAUGCUAAAGUCGAUGGUAGUGGUUGGGUACAAAUCAAUAAUGUUUUUCUUCCAUUUAUAAUGAAACAUCGUCAACGUCUUGUACCCUAUCAAGUCCUUGUGUCUUGUAAAAUACUCGAAGCUGAAGAAUUACGUCCGAUAUUAACGCGUGCAACACUGGCUGACGUCACAUUAAUGAAUUGUAUGAUACGUGAAUGCAAAAUAAAUAAUGAAGAAAUUAUAGAAAAUGCGCCAUUAAUCAAUGUUUAUCAUGUACUCGUUGGCACAAAAAAUCUUGUCUAUGUUAAAGUUCUACCCAAAGACAAUCCGACAUCAAAAAUAAAUCGUCAAUAUAAAAGUGUUUUGGCAUUACGUGGUGGUUCUCUAUAUAUAACAUAUCGUACAGUACCAUUCGUUUGUUCAAGUAAUCAUUCCUAUAUCCCAUUAAAUGAUAUUUUAAGCAUCUAUCCAUAUUUACAAACGCAACUAAAACCAUUAGCUCGUGUGCCACGUACCCAUGAAUUAGAUUUUUUACAACUAGUACAAAUGUAUCAUGACGAAAAAGAACUGCCAUCGGACACAUUACUAAUUGAUAUGGACGAUUUAAAUCAAACACAAAUCAUUCCAUCAAAAAACAUGACAUUAAUUGAGCAUCAAGCAAGAGAAAAAAGUAAACUUGAGCAACAAAUACUUCUAUUAAAUAACUCAUCGUCAACAGCAAACAAACGAAAAAAUCCGGAGUCAAAUGAUAACAAACAACCACAACAACAGAAAUUAAAAACAUCAUCAGCACCGUCAAAUAAUUAUCCACAAUCAGCAACAUCUACACCAGCACUCAUUCGUCCACCGACAGGCUAUUAUCCUCCUCAACAACCGCCAUCAUCAUCAUCAAAUUAUACUCCACAGUAUCAGCAAAAUCAUUGGCUAUCAUCAAAUUAUGAACAACGCGGAAGGACUCGUUGGCAAUAA